AUGGCUGACUCCGCAAUUCCGGAAGAGCCGAGUAAGAGCUCAAUCAAGAAGGCCGAAAAGCAGGCAAAGAUGGCCGCCGAGAAAGCCGCGAAGGCCGCGAAGGCGGCUCUCCCAGUCGUAGGGGGAAAAAAGGGCAACGAAAACGCGGACGGCCUCACAGUGCGCAAGGUUGACAAUUUUUCGGCUUGGUACACAGAGGUUGUUCUCAAAGCUGAAAUGAUCGAGUACUACUCGGAGAUCUCGGGUUUCUUCAUCCUGCGGCCCGCGUCCAUGUUCAUCUGGAACGUCAUCCGCAAGUGGUUCCAGGAGCGCAUCGAGGCCAUGGAUGUCGAGGAGGCCAGUUUCCCCAUGUUCCUGUCCAAGACGUCGCUCGACAAGGAGAAGGAUCAUGUCGAGGGCUUCGCGCCCGAGCUUGCUUGGGUCACCAAGGCUGGAGACAAAGACCUCGAGGUCCCUGUAGCCGUCCGUCCUACCUCCGAAGCUGUUAUGUAUCCCUACUACUCAAAGUGGAUUCGUAGUCACCGCGAUCUGCCCCUCCGUCUCAACCAAUGGAACAGUGUCGUUAGAUGGGAGGCCAAGCAAACAACCCCUUUCUUGCGCGCCAGAGAGUUCUUAUGGCAAGAGGGUCACACCGCACACCUGACUGAGGAGUUGGCCGGCGAGGAAGUCCUACAGAUUUUGGAGUUGUAUGCCGGAGUCUACGAGGAAUUGCUGGCUGUCCCUGUUGUACGAGGCCGCAAGACAGAGAAGGAGAAGUUCGCAGGAGGAUACUAUACCACCACCGUCGAAGGCUACAUCCCAUCCAACGGCCGUGGUAUCCAAGGUGGAACCUCCCACUGCCUCGGCCAAAACUUCUCAAAGAUGUUCGACAUCACCGUCGAGGACCCCGCUCCCAAGGUCGGUGACGCCAAGCCUAAACAUAUCCAUGUCUGGCAAAACUCCUGGGGUCUCUCCACGCGUGUCAUCGGAGUCAUGGUCAUGAUCCACGGCGACGACAAAGGUCUCGUGCUCCCGCCUCGCAUCGCCAGGCUCCAAGUGAUCAUUAUUCCCGUCGGUAUCAAUAAGUCGACCACCCCCGAAGACAAAGCCAAGCACUACGACCAGCUGCAGGAGCUCAAAGAUACCCUCAAGAAGGCCGGCGUGCGCUCUGAUUACGAUGUCCGCGACUCCUAUACCCCGGCCUGGAAAUUCAACGACUGGGAGCUCAAGGGUGUACCCUUGCGCCUCGAGUACGGCCCCAAGGACGCCGCCAAAUCAGUAGUAACCUUUGCCCGUCGCGACACCAGCGAGAAAGGCACCAUCUCCAUCGCCAACCUCGCGACCGAGAUCCCCGCCCUCCUCGAGACCAUCCAGAAGGAGAUGUACUCCAAAGCCGAAGCCUCGUUCCGUGAGCACCGCCUAGUGAUCAGCAAGUGGGAGGAGGUCGUCCCAGCCUUGGACGCCAAGAACGUAGUUCUGAUCCCGCACUGCCUGGCCGAGAAGUGCGAGGACAAGGUGAAGGAGUUGACGACCGGCAAGCCCGAGGAGGCCGAUGGUCCCCAGGAGUUGAAGGUCCCCAGCAUGGGCAUGAAGAGCCUGUGUAUUCCCUUCGAGCAGCCCGAGGGCAUCGUCAAGGGCGAGACGAAGUGCCUGAACCCCGAAUGCGAGGCUUUCGCCGAGAAGUGGUGCGAUCUGCUUUCUUUCCUUGCUUCGGAGUACUGGAGACCCCCGGUUGAAGUUGCUGAGACUUGA